UUGUGUAAGCUGUUGGAAGUUGAUGAUUUCAGGUUUUUUUGAAUUUUAAGUUGUUAGAAUUGACUUAUUUCACUGUUUUUCUGAUUUAAGCUAUUAGAAUUGAUGAAUUUCACUGUGUAAGUUGUUAGAAGUUGUUGAUUUCAGAGAAUUUUGGAUUUUAAGUUGUUAGAAUUGACUUAUUUCACUAUUUUUCCGAUUUAUGCUAUUAGAAUUGAUGAAUUUCACUGUGUAAGCUAUUAGAAGUUGUUGAAUUUGUAAGAAUUUGUUGAAUUCAUUGUGUAUGCUUGUGGUUUGUGUUUGAUUGAAUUUUUGUUGAAUUCACUGUGUAAGCUUGUUAGAUUUGUUGAAUUUGUUGAAUUCACUAUGUAAGCUUGUUGUCUGUUGAAUUCACUGUGUAAGCUUGUGGUUUGCGGUGUAAGCUUGUUGAAUUUGUUGAAUCAAUGAGAGAGAUGAAGAAGAGAUUGCUGUGAUAUUGUUGUAUUUCAAGCAGAAAUGGACACUAGUACAAUCAAUGAUUCAAUAGCUUCAAGAAAACGUAAAAGAGAUGAGAGAGCUUGAGGAAACAACGUUCAUUGUUGUUAGUAACACUGUGGAAAAGAAAGAGGAUGUACGAGGUUACUUCACGUGGAAUUUGGAAAUGGAGCGUGUUUUAGCUGAGGCACUUAGGGAUCAAGAAGUUUGGGUCGCCAGAGUGAUGGAGCAUGGAAAGCAGUGGCAUACAACGCUGCAGCUGAUGUGUUGUCAGCACGUUUUAAUGUCCAGCUUAUCGGAGAUAAUGUGAAAAAUCGAAUCAAACUUUGGUGAGGAUGGUACGGGAUAGUAAGUGAUAUUCUUAGUCAAAGUGGAUUUGAUUGGAAUGCCCCAAAAUGCAUGAUUAAUGUCGAAGAUGAAAAUGCAUGGAAUGAAUAUGUCAAGUCUCAUGAAGAAGCCAAACGGUUCCGAUUUAAGGUCAUUCCAAAUUGGGAUGACAUUGUAGAUAUAUGUGCUAAAGAUAGAGCAAGUGGAGUUCAAGUAGAACAUGCAUUUGAUGCGGAUGAUGUUAUGAGCAAAGAAGCAAAUGUGAAUGAAAAUAGUUCUGAUGUGUAUAUCGAUUUAGAGGAACCAAACUCCGCAACAAAGAAAAAGGUACAAUUCACUCGGGCUAAUAAGGGUAAAUAUAGAGAGGGGAUGGUGAACUCUAUGAAAGAAGUAGCCGAAUCAUUGAAGGACUUUGUGCAAGUUAGUAGAAAAAGAAUGGAAGGAAAUGCUCAGGCAUUGGUGCAAGAAGUUUUGACUGAAAUGGAAAUGAUUACUGCAAGAAAUUGGGCAAAUGGUAUGACAGAGUGCAAAAAAACAGGAAACCUUGAGCAAGUUAAGCAUAUAGAAAUAAACAAAACACACAUUACAUAAUAAUAAUAAUAUCAAGUCCAGCAAUUGGGAGAAUAAUAGCACAAAUAUCUAUUUUCAGCUAUGUAUUUCUUGUUGUUGGUACCACUCGUACCUUAUAUUUCUAAUAAAUUUUUUGUUUUGGCUUUUAAAAAAAAAACUAUAUGAAUUUAUCCACAUCUGUGUAUACCACAUUUGUUGUGGGAAUUUUUACAUUUAGUAGUUAUUUCUAGUCUAUACUUGUCUAUUGACAUUGUCUACGAUGACUAAAAUAACAUCUAGAUACACCGGUUAUCUUUUUAAAUGUCAUUUUCGAAGUGGCGAAGAAUAUUAGAUACAUGGAUUAUACGUGUA